AUGACCACUCAUAAUUUACAAAUCGAUAUCGAUGGUCAAUUGUUGGGCCACAAAACGUUUUUGUUCAACGUGGAAGAAUCUGCUUUAGAUUAUAUACAGCAAGCUGGUAGUAAUGAUUGUAUUCCAAGUAUAGUCGAAUUUUUAACAAAUUGUGUGCAACAAGGUGUUAUUCAACUUAAUGUGGAAGAACUUGUUAAAGAUGUUCAAUUUACAGUUUCAAUUCCUAAGAGAAAUAUAAACUUCUGUAAUUUAGCUAAGUCAGUAAAUGUUAAAGAUGAUCAGUGUAGUCAGGCUAUUGAUUGGCAUAACAUUAGUGAUGUCAACGAAGAAUCUGAAUUUGAAAAUGAAGAAGUGGACAAACCCAAUAAAAAAACUAAUGCUACGACUACUACAGUUGAAUGUUCCAAUGAAACUUCUCAAAAAAUCCAGAAUGAAAAAGAAGCUGUACACCAAGUUAUUUUCACUGAUGGUAUGACCAAGUUUAUGCUGGAAAAGUACGGACAGCUUAUGAAUUUUAUUGGUCCGAUGAAGAAAUUUAAAAGAAAACUAGAUAUGUGGAAACAAAUAGCUAAAGAUAUGGAAGAAGAACUUGGUGUAAAAUGUACACAUACACAGAUUGAAAAUCGUUAUAAAACCGUGAGCAAGAGAAAAAAAGUAAUUGUUAAUAAUAACAAAAGUACAGGCGCAGCUAGAAUGGAUGAUGAAUAUGAAAAUGAAUGGAAACAAAUAACAAAUAAGGACGAUAGCAUUAUUCCAGAAGUCAUGCGAAGUACAAAGGUUGUUGUUAUUAAUAAAAAGGAUAUUACAGAAUCUAAACCAAAAAAAAUGAAAACCGAUAGCUCACAAUUGAUGUUGUUAAAAUUUCUAAAGGAAAAAGAGGAAUCUAAAGAAAGGCGCCAUCAAGAAAAAAUGGAGCUCAUAAGAUCAAUUUUAAAUAAAUGA